CCAUUUCGAGUGGGAGUUGAAGCUUCCUUUCGAAGCCGUACGCCUUCAUUUGUGAUAACGCUUUUGAGUUAAAAUCAAAAUUAUAUUCUAAGUGUGUUGGGUUUUUUUUGAAAACAUAUUAAUUAGGUUAGUGUUUGUGGGGUUUAUUUUUAAUUGUGAAAGCGGACUUUGUUGGUUGGGGGAUAAAAAAAAAUGAGCGUAGAGGCGUACGGGCCGAGCUCGCAGACUCUCACCUUCCUGGACACGGAGGAAGCGGAGCUGCUGGGAGCCGACACGCAGGGCUCGGAGUUCGAGUUCACCGACUUCACCCUGCCGAGCCAGACCCAAACACAAGGCCAGACCCAGAGUCAGCUCGACAACCAGGUGAAUGGACCUGAGGGAGUUCUGCAGAAUGGUGAUGAUGCUGUGGUGAAAACCAGUCAACUUCUAGCAGAGCUCAAUUUCGAAGAAGAUGAAGAGGACACCUAUUACACCAAGGAUCUCCCUGUGCAUGCCUGCAGUUACUGUGGCAUUCAUGAUCCUGCCUGUGUGGUGUACUGCAACACCAGCAAGAAGUGGUUCUGCAAUGGACGUGGCAACACCUCUGGCAGCCAUAUUGUCAACCAUUUGGUCCGUGCCAAAUGUAAGGAGGUGACCCUGCAUAAAGAUGGUCCUUUGGGGGAGACCGUGUUGGAGUGUUACAACUGUGGCUGUCGCAAUGUUUUCCUCCUGGGCUUCAUUCCAGCCAAGGCCGAUUCUGUCGUGGUGCUUCUGUGCAGGCAGCCAUGUGCCAGUCAGAGCAGCCUGAAGGAUAUUAACUGGGACAGCUCCCAGUGGCAGCCUCUGAUCCAGGACCGGUGCUUUCUGUCCUGGCUGGUGAAGAUCCCAUCUGAGCAGGAGCAGCUCAGGGCACGCCAGAUCACCGCUCAGCAGAUCAACAAACUGGAGGAGCUCUGGAAGGAGAAUCCAACUGCGACGCUUGAGGAUUUGGAGAAGCCUGGUGUGGAUGAAGAGCCUCAGCAUGUGCUGCUACGCUAUGAAGACGCCUACCAGUAUCAGAACAUCUUUGGGCCAUUGGUCAAACUUGAAGCAGACUAUGACAAGAAGCUUAAAGAGUCCCAGACCCAAGACAAUAUAACUGUCAGGUGGGACUUGGGCCUGAAUAAAAAGAGGAUUGCUUAUUUCACCCUUCCCAAGACGGAUUCAGGUGAUAUGCGUCUUAUGCAAGGGGAUGAGAUCUGUCUGCGUUAUAAGGGAGACUUGGCUCCUCUCUGGAAGGGGAUUGGACAUGUCAUCAAAGUCCCGGACAAUUAUGGAGAUGAGAUUGCUAUAGAGCUGAGGAGCAGUGCUGGAGCUCCUGUCGAGGUGCCCCACAACUUCCAGGUGGAUUUUGUAUGGAAAUCCACUUCUUUUGACCGCAUGCAGAGUGCCCUGAAAACAUUUGCCGUAGACGAGACCUCAGUGUCCGGUUAUAUCUAUCACAAGUUGCUUGGUCAUGAGGUAGAGGAUGUGAUCAUUAAGUGCCAGUUACCCAAGCGCUUCACUGCCCAGGGCCUGCCUGACCUCAACCACUCACAGGUGUAUGCUGUGAAAACGGUGCUUCAGCGUCCUCUCAGUCUGAUCCAGGGGCCUCCUGGUACUGGCAAAACUGUUACCUCAGCAACUAUUGUUUACCACCUGGCUAGACAGGGCAACGGGCCGGUGCUCGUAUGCGCUCCCAGCAACAUUGCAGUGGACCAGCUGACGGAGAAAAUUCACCAGACAGGACUAAAGGUGGUGCGUCUUUGUGCGAAGAGCCGAGAGGCCAUCGACUCUCCUGUGUCCUUCCUGGCUCUGCACAACCAGAUUCGCAACAUGGACAGCAUGCCAGAACUGCAAAAGCUGCAACAGCUAAAGGAUGAAACAGGAGAGCUGUCGUCCUCUGAUGAGAAGCGCUACAGGGCCCUGAAACGCACUGCAGAAAGGGAGCUACUCAUGAACGCUGAUGUGAUCUGUUGUACUUGUGUGGGUGCGGGAGAUCCUCGUCUUGCUAAAAUGCAGUUCCGCUCCAUCCUGAUCGAUGAGAGUACCCAGGCUACUGAGCCGGAGUGCAUGGUGCCUGUAGUGCUGGGGGCCAAGCAGCUGAUCCUGGUGGGUGAUCACUGCCAGCUAGGUCCAGUGGUCAUGUGUAAAAAGGCUGCUAAGGCAGGUCUGUCCCAGUCUCUUUUCGAGAGACUGGUGGUGCUGGGCAUCAGACCCAUCCGCUUGCAAGUGCAGUACCGUAUGCACCCUGCACUCAGCGCUUUCCCGUCCAAUAUCUUCUAUGAAGGAUCUCUCCAAAAUGGAGUCACUGCUGCCGACCGCAUCAAGAAAGGCUUUGAUUUCCAGUGGCCUCAGCCAGAUAAGCCCAUGUUCUUCUAUGUGACUCAGGGCCAGGAGGAGAUUGCCAGCUCGGGCACCUCCUACCUCAACAGGACUGAGGCUGCUAAUGUGGAGAAGAUCACCACUCGCCUAUUGAAGGCCGGAGCCAAACCGGACCAGAUCGGCAUAAUCACUCCAUAUGAGGGCCAGCGCUCCUACCUGGUGCAGUACAUGCAGUUCAGCGGGUCACUUCAUACUAAGCUCUACCAGGAGGUGGAGAUAGCCAGCGUGGACGCCUUCCAAGGCCGUGAGAAGGACUUCAUUAUUCUGUCCUGCGUCAGGGCCAAUGAACACCAAGGCAUCGGCUUUCUUAAUGAUCCACGCAGGCUGAACGUGGCCCUCACCAGAGCCAGAUAUGGAGUGAUCAUUGUGGGGAAUCCUAAAGCUCUGUCUAAGCAGCCACUCUGGAACCACCUGCUGAACUACUACAAGGAGCAGAAGGUUCUGGUCGAGGGGCCUCUCAACAACCUGAGAGAGAGCCUUAUGCAGUUCAGCAAACCUCGCAAACUCGUCAACACAAUCAAUCCUGGAGCUCGGUUUAUGAGCACUGCCAUGUAUGAUGCCAGGGAGGCCAUGAUCCCCGGGUCAGUGUACGACCGCAGCAACCCUGGUCGUCCAUCGAACAUGUAUUUCCAAACUCAUGACCAGAUUGGGAUGAUUGGCGCAGGGCCAAACCCUAUGGCCUCCAUGAACAUUCCCAUACCCUUCAACCUGGUCAUGCCUCCCAUGCCCCCUCCAGGUUACAUGGGCCAGAUUAAUGGACCAGCUACUGGUCGCGGAGCUCCAAAAGGUAAGACAGGUGGGCGUGGAGGGCGUCAGAGGAACCGUGGUGUGGGUAACCAUGGCAGCGGGCAAGCCAACCUGGCGAACAGCCAGGCCAGUCAAGAUCUGGUGUCUCAGCCUUUCUCCCAGGGCCCCCUGACCCAGGGCUACAUUACCAUGAGCCAGCCUUCACAGAUGAGCCAGCCAGGCCUGUCCCAGCCUGAACUUUCCCAGGACAGUUACCUGGGCGAUGAGUUCAAGUCGCAGAUGGAUGUGGCUCUGUCCCAGGAUUCCACUUACCAGGGUGAACGGGCAUACCAACAUGGAGGAGUGACCGGACUCUCUCAGUACUAGAGUGUUGUUGGAACGGGAGCUAGGCCUACGCUGAGCUUAGUUCAUCAGCAUUUUAAAUCUGGGUAAAUAUAAAAAAAGAACAAACAUGGAUGCCUGUUUUCCACUGUUACAACUGAAGCACCAUGGUGUGAGAACAACAGGAGAGAAUCAAACCAAUCACGUGUGAAAAAAGAGGGAGAAAAGCAGGAUGAGAAAAGAAGGAACGAAAGAGAGUGGAGGGAGGAAACCACCCCACCACUCGCUAAGGAUGGGAAGGAGGAGGAGAGAGGAGCAGACGCAGCAUAGGAGGAGACGAUGUAGGAGGGAAACCAAACCGAGAUCUUCGAUCUGCAACUCCGCAUAGUCGAGGCGCCUCCUGGGGAGCAGGGCGGUCCCUUACCUGCCUCCUCUCUCUCGCCAGGCUGCCGCCGGCAGCCGCAGACCUCGCUCUGCCACCCGAGACGGAGAGAAGACGAAGUUCUCUUAAAACUACCUGCAAAAAAAAACGCCACGCUUGCUCUGUCGUCUCCACAAGCUGAAAGAUGAGGUGACGUCUUUAAAAGAAAAAAAAAAAUCAAAUAAAGAUAUUUUUAAAAAAUAAACACUUUCAAGCAGCUGAUUUUGGGGAAAAUUUUCCCUUCAAAGUUGGAAUCUGACUUUCAGAUAUUACCACCAAACAUCUGUGAGAGGAUGGGGAAACAUCUACAGCAGAGGGUUGUGGUUUUACUCUUUUUUUUUUUUUUUUCUCCUUUGUUCCUGUUGGUGGUGGUCCCAUCUUUACAAAUGGUGCUAGGAGUCUCUGAAGAAAGAUUCAACUUUGAGGAAAGUUUUCUUGUUGAAUGUUGCGGAGUAGUGGAUCAGAAAUGGAACAGCCCUGAGAGAUGUCACCUGCUCUGGGUGUCUGACCGUGUAAAAGAAGUCUUAACAAAUGGCUUUGUGAUUUAUUAUUUUAUUUUAUUUUUUAACAAAACGGAAGGGUUAAGAGUUUUUUCUUCCUCCCCCCCUCCCCAUCCCCCAUUUUUAAAACAAGUUGUGUUGAACCAGGAUAAACAAUUGCAGCAGAACCUAAAUUUAGAGAUCGGUCAGUCAUUAGUGGCUUGUUGAUGUGUCUGUAUGGAAAAUGUGAGGUCACGGGUCCCCAAGGAAAUGAGCCAGAAAGCCAGUUGUCAAACCACUAAAGUUAACCCGUCACAGACUAUGUGCUGACUGGACUGCAGGAGAUUGAACCCAGGAAGAUAAUACAGGCUUGAGAGAGGUUUAGAGAAAUUUCAACCUGUACGAAGAUUAAAGUGCUGUUCAGCAGCAGCUCUGGCAAGUAGCAUAUUGAUUGUGGUCGGUUCCUCUGGCUUCAAUACCGCCAUUAAAAUCUUUACACUUUUACUACAGGCAGUGCUGCAAAGCCAAGAUCCCCCCCCCCCCCCCCUUAAAUCGCUCCACCUAUUUAGUAAAACUCAUAAUAAUGCACCACAUAUCAGAGUUCUUGAGUUCAAUUAUUCCUAUACAUGAGUUUCAGCUGAGUUAAAACUGCCCCAAAUCAUAAAAGUGACCGUUUGUUAAAGGCUGAAGGGCAGACAGGUGGGAUUCUCUCUGUCUGUGUCCAUUUCCAACGAACGAGCAGAUUGAAAGAGGCUGCUGUACUCGUCUCUUGCUUACUUGGAUGCCAGUGUGCGCAUAGAUGGUAGUGUUCUGCUAAGGAGGUUGUGUAUUUGCCUCCGUAAUUGUCUCUCUCGUUUUGUGAUUUGGUUUUUUUGUUUGUUUGUUUUUGUUUUUCCCCCUCUUGUUGGUUGUUGAAGUUGCUUUCCCCCCCCUUUAAUUACUGUCCGUAUUAUUUUAACACCUAAUUGCGUAUUUCAUUUCUAUAGUCUGGAUAUGAAUGAGGUGUACUACAUUUAUCCAUUUCAUCAUCCAAGAUGACUUUUUUUUUUUUUCAUAAAUUUCUGAUUUUAUUUCUUUACUUUCUUUUUCAAAGCUUUGCUCGUAUAAUGCUUUGCUACAGCAACAUGUGAUGCCUUGUCAUUUUCAUUAACCCUGGAAUGUUGUUCCUUGCUUAGUGUCCCAACAGCUUGGCAUUAGUACCUUUUUUUUAGUCUUGGCUCUGAACUGGAAGAAAAAAAAUUUCCCUAUUGGAGCUAGACUUGUUCAUUUAAAGCCUUUUGUUGUCUUAUGAAUAUAAUAAUUUAUAACAAAUUGCAGAAUUUGUCAUUUGACAUUCACUGCUUGUGUGCAUAGCGCUUUCAUGUUAUUUAUAGUUAUUCUCAUUGGUAGUGUCAAAGCUAAAUGUAGCUUUCAAAAUCUAAAUUAAAACAGUGAAUGAAAUAUCCAGAACAUAGCAUCUUCAUGUUCUCAUUGGGAAAAAAAAUCCCCUGAGUGAAUGAUUUUGAAAGGUUUCUUUUACUUUGGUGUACAUUUGUAAGCAGAUACUGCCCAUAUCAAUGAUAAAAGGUGUGUGUGUGUGUGUGUUUGGUUUUUUUUUUUUUUCCCCUCUCUCCUUCUUUUUUUUGGGCGACAUGGCCUAGUGCGACAACAGCCUGAUUUGAGAACGAUGGAACACCCGUUAUAUGGUGGUUGGACAGAUGCUGUUUGUUCACUCGAAUGCUAAAACUUUAGUAUUCUGAUGUGAUCAUGUCGAACUCGCAUACAUAACCAGCUGUGAGAUAACGGCCUGUUCAGAUUGCAAUCAGAAUAAAAUUACAGAGGGGGCUAAUACUGACGGCUGAUUUGACAAAGUACCCCGACCAACCUGAGGGUAGGAAGAAUUUAAAUAAAAUCAAAACCUAUAAAUGACCAGAGAUGAAAUAUUUCCUCACAUUAUGUAAUCCUUGCAAUGUUACUACAAUAAAUGUUGCUUUAUUUCUCUGAAGAA